UGGCGGGAGGGGCUGCUCAAGUCCAGCUUCAACUACCUGCUGCUGGAUCCCAGGGUGACCCAGAACCUGCCCGCCCGCUGCCAGCUCCUCAGCCCGGCCGAGUGCUUCCGGACGUUUGUCCGCGCCAUCUUCUACGUGGGCAAAGGGACGCGCGGCCGGCCCUACCGCCACCUCUACGAAGCCUUGACCCACCACCGGGAGGGCCAGGGGGCGCCGGCAAGGCAGGUCUGCUUGAAAGUCCAGCACAUCCUGGAGAUCUGGGCCGGGGGACAGGGGGUGGUCUCCAUGCACUGCUUCCAGAAUGUUGUUCCCGUGGAGGCGUACACCCGCGAGGCCUGCAUGGUGGAGGCCAUUGGACUGAAGAUGCUGACCAAUCAGAAGAAGGGGAACUAUUAUGGCCUGGUGGCCGGCUGGCCCAUGAAACGCCGUCGCAGCCUGGGGGUCUUCCUUCUGCACCGAGCUCUCCAGGUCUUCCUGGGGGAGGGCGAGAGGCAGCUGCGCCCCGCUGAUAUCUGAACUGGCC